UACUGCUGUCGCAGAAAUCAGCAGUUGCGAUAUUUGCUGCUGCAAACAGCGUGCUAUAUUUUGGUUGGUGGCAUUUUUCCGCAGAUCGUGUUUACAAAAUUUGUGAUUUUCCACACUACUGAGAAAUGUCCGAGAGACGUUACUACGACCGAUCGGAUGAGUACCGUGAGGGUGCUCGGGAUGCAGAACGUGGUCGCGGGCGUGAUUACGGUGGGUAUGAGAGGGGUCGAGAUCGCGAUAGGAAUGGCCGAAGAGACGGUGGCGAUGGCUACGGAUCACAUGGCUACAGCAGCAGGCAUGAAGAUCGUUCGAGAUCCAAUUCGUCCCGGUAUGAGGGCUACAGCAGGGAUCGUGGUGGAUCCCCACCGAGUCGAUCAACCUACGAAUCCUCCUCGUACAGACCUCAUGAGUCGUCGUCAUCGCGCUCGUAUGAACGAUCACGGUAUGAUUCGGCAUCAUCAUCGAGGAAGUCUUCAUAUGAUUAUGAUUCCUACGACACAAAACCCCCGAGGGCUUCAUCAUCGAAAGUACCGUACUACGAGUACGAAGCAUCCUCGAGUAGACCAUCACGCCCAUAUGAUGCGGAAGCGUCGUCAUCGUCGGCCUACAAGCCGGCUGUUAAGGUAGAACCCGGCUCGCUGCCACCCCCAAUGCCCAGAGGUGGGGGCGGAGGAGGAGGACCAGGCCCCGGUGGGAAAGCACCUCGUGGGAAUCGUCGUGGAAAUCGCGCAAUUUGCGAUCUCGUCGUUACACGACCCACAACGCUAAAUACGAAAAAGGGUACAACGGGAUCCUCAAUCACCCUCCUGGCAAACUACUUUAGGAUCUUGAAGAAACCCGAAUGGAAUAUCUACAAGUACCGCGUGGAUUUUAUCCCAGAAGUUGAGCUACUCAAUCAGAAGAAAACAAUCAUGCGACGCUUCAUCUCCAAACUGGGGUCCUUCCAAUUUGACGGAUCCAUGAUCUACUCACCGUACAAAUUCCAAAAUGAUCCCCUCAUCCUUGUGGAUAAGGACGACAAGGAUACGGCCACACAGGUGUCCAUUCGCCACGUGGGGCAGCUACAGCCGACAGAUGGGCAGUAUUUGCAUCUUCUCAAUCUCAUCAUGAGGGCAACAAUUGAGAGUCUAAACAUGCAGCGUGCUUACGGCCCCAAAGGCACCAAAUACUUCGAUGCACUGCAAAAGAUUGACAUGAAUGCGCAACAUCUGCAAAUUUGGCCCGGAUUCUGCACAGCCAUUCGGCAGCAUGAGCAAGAUAUUCUCAUUUGCACGGAGCUCACACACAAAGUUAUUCGUCUUGAGAAUUGCUACAAUGUCAUGCAGCACUAUGCGAAAGAUCAGGAGAGCAUCAAGAAGGAAUUAAUUGGCAAAGUCGUUGUAACUGAAUACAAUAAUGCAACGUAUCGCAUUGACGAUGUGGACUUUACGCUGUCGCCUAGUUCGUCGUUUGAGAAGAAAAACGGCGAGAGGAUAACAUUCCUCCAGUACUUCCGUGAUCGCUACAACUGCACCAUUCGUGACACGCGUCAACCCCUUCUCGUGUCACGGGCAAAGGCAAAGGAUGUCCGUGCUGGGCGUCCGGAGGUGCUGAAUUUGGUCCCGGAGCUAUGUCGCUUGACUGGCUUGACGGAGGAGAUGCGUACGAAUUUCCGUUUAAUGCGCGAUCUGGCACAGCAUACGCGUGUUCGGCCGGAUAUGCGUGUGAAGAGAUUCCUCGAGCUGAAUCGUCGUAUUCAGGGGGAGGAGAAGGCGCGUGAGGUGAUGAAGAAGUGGGAGAUGAAUCUCGAUCGUCAUCUCGUUGAUUUGCCAGCACGUGUGCUACCCAUGGAGGUGAUUUGUUUUGGUGAUCGUCGCGAGGAGAAGCCCCAUAAUGCCGAUUGGACGAGCGCAUUGACGCGCAAUCGUCUCUUUGAGGCAGAUAAACUCGUUAAUUGGCACUGUGUGUGUACAAAUCGGGAUUUUAGCGUUGUCUCCAAGUUCAUUAGCUUCCUGUUGGGAUCAGCGAGGAAUUCCGGGAUGGAUAUGGUUGAUCCACGGAUAAUUCGUAUUGAUAAUCCACGCGUGCAGGCGUAUAUAAAUGCAAUGGAGCAGGCAUGCAAUGAUUCAACGCAAAUUAUAAUGAUGGUGGUACCCAAUCAGGAUGCAAGUCGCUACAGUGCCAUCAAGAAGAGAUCCUUUGUUGAUCGGGCUGUUCCAACUCAGGUAAUGCUGACAAAGGUAAUGUCCAAUGAUAGGAUUCUGAAGAGUGUGUCAGCCAAGAUAAUGGUUCAGAUGAAUUGUAAGCUGGGUAAUGCUCCGUGGACGGUUAAAAUUCCCGCAAGUGGCAUCAUGACGGUGGGUUUUGAUGUGACGUACGAUGUGAGGGACAAGAGGAAGAGCUAUGGCGCCCUAAUUGCCACAAUGGAUCUGAGACAGUGCAAUUCCUACUUCAGCACUGUGUCCCAGCAUUCGCACGGCGAGGAAAUGAGUAGCUUCCUGGUGGUGAAUAUGAUGAAGGCACUCAAGCAGUACCAGCACAUACAUCAUGAGCCACCAAAGAGGAUCAUCUUCUAUCGUGAUGGUGUCGGUGAUGGGGAUUUGGCGCAUGUGUUGGAGUUUGAAGUGAAGAAACUCGCGUCGGAUUUGAAGACACUCUUUGGGGAAUUGGCGCCCAAGCUCACCUUUAUCAUUGUGUCAAAGAGAAUAAAUACGCGAUUGUUUAGUAAGACACCAAAUGGGGGGAUUACAAAUGCACCCCCGGGAACUGUUGUGGAUGACGUGAUUACCCUUCCGGAACGCUAUGACUUCUUCAUUGUGUCCCAAUCCACGAAGGAGGGAACAAUUUCGCCCACAUCGUACAACGUGAUCUUCGACGAAUCGGGCUUUUCAGCGGAUAAAAUUCAAAUUUGGACGUAUAAAAUGACGCAUUUGUACUACAAUUGGAGUGGAAAUGUAAAGGUUCCGGCUGUGUGUCAGUAUGCGCAGAAAUUAGCCUUCCUCGUUGGGCAGUUUAUCAAUCAAGAGCCGACAAAUCUAAUGGAGAGGAAGCUCUACUUUUUGUAGGAUUGCAAGUCCACACAGAGCAAUCAUGCCUCUGCAAUUGCUCCAAGUCCUCACACAUUUUUAUCCUUUUAAAACAUUUUUAUCAAAGCAAAAUUUUACUUCAUUUUUUUGCAUUUUGACCAAUUUUUUCUCUGCAAAAACAUUUUAUUUUUGCUUUUAAAACUUUUUUCUUUUUACCAAUUUUAUUUUUGUACAAAAAAAGUGAAAACCAGAAGUGUUUUAAUUGCCUUUUGGUUGUGUUUAAAAUGUUUUUUUUAUCAAUAACUAAAUUAGUGUUAGUUCCGUAUUUGAUGUCUACGAUGUCUAAAAAAUAAUAAGAAAAAGAGAGAAGAAUGCAUGUCUUGUUCUAAAAUGAUUUUAUUGGUUUAUAUUUUUUAUAAAUAAAUAAGACAGAUAAAUAAAAAAAAAUGUAUGUAGAAUGAAACAAAAAAAAGAUCAUUAAAAAAAUGAUAAAAUGUUAAUCAUUGAGAUACAAUGUAUUUUAUUCUCAAUUUAAUCAUAUUUUUAAUUUAGUUUUACAAAAAAGGAAAAUCACUUUCACGUCACAAUAUUCAAGAAAAAAAAUUAUUGUAGAAAACGUUUUAUGCUGAAAGAAAAAUAAAAAAUAAAAGGAAACAGCUUGAAA